AUGGAUGAAAACAGCAAUCGGAAACUUCAAUCUGAUUGGUACUCUCGAACUCGCCUCCACAACAAUCCUGUGGAGUAUGAUUUUCCAGGAGAUAGAUUUAUACCGGAUAGGAGCCUGAUGGAUCUUGAUCAAGCCCACAGUUUGUUAACAACUCCGACUCAAAAACCCAGCAAACCCAAGUUUAAAAGAGAAUCUUGUAUUUCGGAUGCACCUAAUAUCGUGAACCAUUUCUACCUGAACAUCAUGGACUGGGGGAAAGCCAACUUUCUUGCAAUUGCUUUGGGCUCAAAAUUAUACUUGUGGAAUGCUGAUAAUCGAAAAACUGAAUUAUUGUCAGAAGUGGGCAAUGGUGACGAUUAUCCUACUGGUGUAGCCUGGUUGGAAGAUGCCCAAACAGUAGCAGCUGGAUACCAGUGCUCGAAAAUAUAUCUUUGGGAUGCCGAGACCCUAAAGAUUGUUAGAUGCCUUACAGGGCAUCAGAAUAGGGUGGGUUCUGUUGCAUGGAAUGGCCAGAUUUUGACUUCUGAAAGCAGUGAUAAUGCUAUCAUGAAUCACGAUCAUUUCUCGCUACUAUAA